AACGAACCCAUCCGUUGGUGAAUCUGGACAGUCCCCUCAAAUAAAAGUUGUGAGAGCUGUUUCGUCGCUUUGAUCGAAAUGGCGUCGUCUUCUCCAACUCAGCUAGCUCACGUCCCGAUUCCUCCAGAACCAGGAGGAAGGUCGCCGACACAAGAAGCUAAUGAGCCACCAGUUCCGAUUUACAUUGUGACGGAUCCGUUUCAACUUCCUGCUGAUUUCCUAAACCCUUCUCCUGAAAAGAAAUUGGUUAUCGGUUUUGACUGUGAGGGUGUUGACCUCUGCCGACAUGGGAAACUUUGUAUCAUGCAGAUUGCAUUCUCUAAUGCAAUAUACUUGGUUGAUGUCAUCGAAGGUGGAGAGGUGAUUAUGAAAGCGUGUAAGCCUGCACUCGAGUCUAAUUACAUCACGAAAGUUAUUCACGAUUGCAAGCGUGACAGUGAGGCUCUAUACUUCCAGUUUGGGAUAAGAUUGCACAAUGUUGUGGACACUCAGAUUGCUUAUUCUCUGAUUGAAGAACAAGAAGGGCGGAGGAGACCUCUAGAUGAUUACAUAUCGUUUGUUUCACUCCUUGCUGAUCCACGUUACUGCGGUAUAUCCUAUGAAGAGAAAGAAGAAGUUCGAGUUCUCAUGCGCCAGGACCCAAAGUUUUGGACAUACAGGCCUAUGACUGAGCUCAUGAUCCGCGCAGCUGCUGAUGAUGUCCGCUUCCUUCUGUAUCUCUAUCACAAAAUGAUGGGAAAGCUAAAUCAGCGGUCACUAUGGCAUCUUGCAGUUCGUGGUGCUUUGUACUGUCGGUGUCUCUGCUGCAUGAAUGAUGCUGAUUUUGCUGAUUGGCCAACCGUUCCUCCAAUUCCAGAUAACCUGAAGUCAGAAGAUCAAUGUCUUGAAGAAGAGAUCCUGUCAGUGCUUGAUGUUCCACCAGGAAAGAUGGGACGUGUGAUUGGAAGGAAAGGAGCAUCGAUCCUCGCCAUUAAGGAAGCUUGCAACGCGGAAAUUCUAAUUGGAGGGGCAAAGGGUCCACCUGAUAAGAUAUUUGUGAUUGGACCGGUGAGAGAAGUGCGUAAGGCGGAGGCUAUACUGAGAGGAAGAAUGAUAGACUAUUGAAGGAAAUGAGGGUCCUUUGUAAUCUGUCUCAUUGCCCCUAUAAAAAAAAAUACUAAAACCCUCUUAAAACUUGGAAACUCCAUGGUUCAGUACGGACCCGAGAGAGUCGUCCCCUCUUCAAUAAAAGUUACAUCAUUAACUUCCGUUUAUACUGUGGAACUUACCAUUCCAUUUCCCGCAAGGGACUUCAUAGUUUGAUGAAACAAAAAGACCAUAUCAAGUAUGGUUUAUUGGCAAAUGCAAGAGUAGUUUAUCUGAUUGACCGUUAAGAUUGAUUUUAUUUACUUUGCGACUCAAAUUGAGAGUCUGAAACCCAACGGUCUUAUAUUUUGGUAUAGUAACAUUCAAGCCUCAAUUGGUUUGUAAACCUGUUCUGUUUCCUUUUGUGUUAGUGAAACUGAUAGUUCAAAGUUCUAAUUACGUUUUAUAGGGG